AUUGACCUGCAGAAGAUGCCAUUGGGAAAACUGAGCAAGCGACAGAUCCAGAGUGCAUACUCCAUCCUGAACGAGGUUCAGCAGGCAGUUUCUGACAGUGGUUCAGAAUCCCAGAUCUUGGACCUCUCCAACCGCUUCUAUACUCUAAUUCCUCAUGACUUUGGGAUGAAGAAACCACCUCUCCUGAAUAACCUGGAAUACAUUCAGGCUAAAGUGCAGAUGUUGGACAAUUUGCUUGACAUCGAGGUUGCUUACAGCCUUCUCAGAGGUGGAAAUGAAGAUGGAGAUAAAGACCCAAUUGACAUCAAUUAUGAAAAACUUCGAACUGAUAUUAAGGUUGUUGACAAAGAUUCAGAAGAAGCCAAGAUUAUUAAACAAUAUGUGAAAAAUACUCAUGCUGCUACUCACAACGCAUAUGAUCUCAAAGUUGUGGAUAUCUUCAGGAUUGAGCGUGAAGGAGAGAGUCAGCGUUACAAGCCGUUUAAGCAGCUUCAUAAUCGCCAGCUGCUGUGGCACGGUUCCCGCACCACCAACUUCGCUGGUAUCCUCUCACAGGGUCUCCGGAUAGCUCCCCCUGAAGCUCCUGUGACUGGCUACAUGUUCGGAAAGGGCAUCUAUUUUGCAGACAUGGUAUCCAAGAGUGCCAACUACUGUCACACAUCUCAAGCUGAUCCCAUAGGCUUAAUACUACUGGGAGAAGUUGCCCUUGGAAAUAUGUACGAGCUAAAGAAUGCUUCUCACAUAACGAAAUUGCCCAAGGGAAAACACAGUGUGAAAGGCUUGGGCAAAACCGCUCCUGAUCCCACAGCCACUACCACCCUUGGUGGUGUAGAGGUUCCGUUAGGGAAUGGGAUCUCAACAGGAAUUAAUGAUACCUGUCUUCUGUAUAACGAAUAUAUUGUGUAUGAUGUUGCUCAGGUAAAUCUGAAGUACCUGCUGAAACUGAAAUUCAACUAUAAGACAUCACUCUGGUGAACAGUAUUUAGAAGCCCUGUUAGAGUUAUACUGUAGUUACACUAUAGCGUUGACUUCUGACAUGCUUACGCAUUGACUUCUCUUACCAAGAUAUCAAGAGCUAAACUGCAGAAGAGGUUACUAAAUCCUAUUUAGUACAACACUUAGUGAAAGUUUUAUAUAAGUGUGUGUCAACACAUGGACCUGAAUUAUGAUGAGAACGAGUACCUGGUUUUGUUUUAUACCACUUCCAAUUUUGGGGCUGUCAAGUGUUUCUUUUAAGUGACCAAACUGACAAAAAAAAAAAAAGUAAUCAAGCUUGUGUUUUUAGCCAAACAGAGCUGAGCAAUAGCAGGAAAAGGAACUUCAGGAUGUUUGCGAUAUUUGCUCUGUUAAGGUUCCCUCUUGUUUAAGAUACCCUUUUUCAGUUUUCGUUUAAAUAAAUGAUAAAUGUGCAUUUAUUUUGAGGUAAAAAAUAAAAGCUAAUUUCAUACUAACAGCUUUAUGUUUCAAAACUUCCAGAUUGUUUUGGUUUUGAGUCACGAUUUAAAUGUAUUUGGUAGAAUGUUCUUAAACAUGGUAUCUCUCUGAAGAUCAAAUGCCAAAUAUUGAAAUCUGUAGUCACGUUUCAGGAAGUCAUGGUGAAAUGAAAAUUUGGACUUUUCACUGAGACUUCAUCUGUCAACAGUUGGUGUGGUAAACAUGGAAAAUGAACUUGUGGCUGUUUGAAUUUAGUAUUAGCCCCAAUAAAUCUCCUUUAAAUAUCUACCUUCAACGUGA